GUGCUGCUGAGCUCAGUAUCACACAGACCUGCUGGACUCUGACCUUCUCCUUCUAUGAGGAAGUUUGUCUUCGGUGAAUAAUGUCGACCGACGCGUGGGGAUUUAAGUUUUCCAUUUGACUUGAAGCACAAACAAAACUGAAAAAGGAAGUGACAUUCAAGUGGCAGGUAAGACAUCACAGCACUGAAGAUGUUCAGGAGAGGCAGUCCCUUUGUCAACGACACCAGCAGCUAUGCAAGCUCCAUUCAGUCCAAUGGUCUUCCUACGACCAAUCUGGACGAGGUGUCUUCACAGGGGUCAGGUUUUGCCAAGCCGAGUGCAAAAUCAAUUUACUUGCAAAGGAAGGCCUACGCGGCCUCUACCAACAAGCUGCUGGACAAGUCUCAGUACAGAGUGGAGCAUUUGUUCACCUGUGACCUGGACGGGAGGGAGCUGAGAAACGUCGCAGACUGUGUGGAGCGUCUGACGCUUCUGGACGGCAUGGGCCGCGUGUGGGGUCAGAACAUGGUGCUGGAGGUGCACGGUGCUGACCUGCUGCUCACUGACCCUGUCACCAAGGUGGAGCUGGAGUCAAUAGCUCUCAGCGACGUCGUGGAGCUGAAGGCCGAGCUGGACACGGGAAUAUUCAGCUCCCUGCUCGUUGUGUCAGUUCAGUCGAGGAGAAAGAAAACCACCACUGUCUUCAUGUUUCAGUGCGAGGACGUCCAGGCCGACUACGUUCAGAGAGACCUCGCCCAAGCGCUGUCUCGCAGGAGGGACAACCCAAGCGUGUACAGUGGCCGUGCACUCAUGAAAAACCAUCUCUCUGAACCCGAGGAGCAGAGUCUGUCGCUGCAGUCGGUGCCUCGUGGCUACGAUGAAGACGAUUUCCUCGAGCCUGAGCUGGCUGUGCUAAAGGACGAAGAGGACGACGAGGUCUUGUCCUCCAUGAAGGACACAUCACUGUCUGUGGACACGUUGAAUCAGAUUUUAAAUGACAUUGAAAUGUUCAUGGGUCAAGUAGCUGCUGUGGCGGCGAGAAACGCUCAGAAAAGGAAGAAGAAGAAGAAAGGAAAAGUGAUGGAGGGCAUGCCUGCCACAGAAGAGUUUGCAGCUUGUCUUCAAAGGAUCAAGUGUGGUUUCAACCUUCUGGGGGAGCUAAACGGAAAGAUUGAGAAUCCCUCUGCUCCUGAGUUUGUCCACAUCCUCUUCACCUUGUUAGCAUUUAUAUUACCUCACAGUCCCAAGAAUCUGGCCUCAACCAUUGUGUCUCCGCUGCUGAAGCCGCAGAGUAUCCGUCUCAUGAGUGAAGAGACGUCCACAGAGGAGGACCAGCUGUGGCAGUCUCUAGGAGAUGCUUGGAGCGUCCCCAGCACCAAAUGGCGAGAGGGUGACAAGGACAUCCCGACGUACGCGUUGAAGUUCUCCGAUGGCUGGCAGCCUCCUGAAGUCACACCUGUCCACAGUGAAUCUGUGAGCAGACAGGAGAGUCCACAGCCUGCAGGGAGACAGGUGUUGGCCAACUGGGCUCCUCAGUAUCAACCACAAAAAGCCAGUUUGGGUGAAUCAAAGCCACGUCAAAUGCGCGUCAUGUAUGAUUUUAUUUCAAGAAACCACAGGGAGCUCACCAUCAGGAAAGGGGACAUAGUCGAGGUGCUGGACGUGUCCAAGCAGUGGUGGAAAGUGAGGGACAGCAGCGGCGACGAGGGCUUUGUUCCCAAUAAUGUCCUGGAGACUUGUGAUGAAACAUCUAACCAGUAUCAGGAAACUGAAGGUGUUCCUGUCCUGACAAGGAGGUCUAAACCUGCAGAAGUGAAAGCCUGGCUUGAAGACAAGGGCUUUAGUAAAAUCACCGUGCGCUGCCUGGGCGUGCUGAGCGGCUCCAUCCUCCUGGGGAUGACCAGAGAGGAACUGAAGACGCUGUGUCCAGAGGAAGGAGGACGAAUCUUCUUCCAGUUACAAGCGGUCAAGUACAGCAUGGCUGCUGCCGAAUAAACAGCCACAAUAAUGGAACUCUGACGGAGGAGGAGGAGGAGGAGGAGGAGGAGGAGGGACCGGGACACCACUCUGAGAGCCUUAACUUCAUCAUAAAUAAAUGGUCUCCACUGAAACCUGUGGUCACCUCUACGAGACCUGCGCUACGUAGUUCAGUGCAGUUCCCUUUGAAUUUGCAUGUUAUCAAAUCAAAAUUGU